GUGCUGUGGGGCAGAUAGGAGGAGUCCCUAAUGGGGACACCACUAAGGGGUGUGACUCGGAGUCAGGGAGGGCUUCCCAAAGGCGCCUGACAGCAGGAGUAGUGCAGGCCGCGAUCAGAAGGAGAGCCAGAGCCAAGCUUCCUUGGGGGAAAUGGAAUAAGUGCAGGUAGGCAGGGCCCCAGUGUCGGGGGGGCAGGGAUGGGGGCGGGAGGACCAGCAAGAGAGGAGGAGGGUCUGGACUAGCACCGGAGUGGGGGAAUGGGAUGAUGGAUUCAUUUAAUAAAUACUAAACUUUAGUAUUUGGUAGACAGGAGAAUUUAGGAAUUGAGGCCAGGCACGGUGGCUCAUUCCUGCAAUCCCAGCACUUUGGGAGGUGGUGGCAGAGGCGGAGGCCGGAGUUGGAGACCAGCCUGGGCAACACAGCAAGACCCCCAUCUUCACAAAAAGAAAAGAAAAAAAAGAGAAUGUAGGAAUUGAUUGAAUAUCGAAGUUAAUGGAGAGCAAGGGGCCUAGGGCUUCUCGUAAAGAGGGGAGCGGUUGGGGAGUACAUGAAUUAGAAGAGAUGUUGGUAACUUGUUCAGUUUGAGGUAUUAGUGGCUAUUAGGAGGCCUAGGGCAGGAGCUACAAUGUAAAGGCCCAGAAUCCUAGCUUCCUGGGGGGCUGAGAACCCCCUUCCUGGGUGUUGCAAGCCCUCUUACCCCAGUUCCUGAGUUUUGUGAGACCCUCCAACAAGUGCCAUGUCGGAGUCCCCGUCUCCGUCGCUGGGUGUUGGCAGCCCCCUCGUCCCCAGUCCCCUCCUCCACUAGGCUUCCCGAGUGUUCGGAGCCUCCUUCCUCCCACAAUCCGCGGGCGUUCGGAACCCCUCCCCCAUCGCCGGCGCUCGGAGCCCGUCCCCGUCCCCGCACAGUCCUCGGUCCCUGGUUCCCGCCAGGGAUGGCGGCGCGGACUCUGGCGGGCGCCUUGGUCCUGGCGCUCUGGGUUUGGGCGCUGGCUCCGGCGGGGGCCGUGGACGCUAUGGGCCCUCACGCGGCCGUCCGUCUGGCCGAGCUGCUGACCCCGGAGGAGUGCGGCCAUUUCCGGUCGCUCCUGGAGGCGCCGGAGCCCGACGUGGAGACCGAGUUGUCCCGGCUUUCUGAAGACCGGCUGGCGCGGCCCGAGCCGCUCAACACCACGUCGGGGUCUCCGAGCCGGCGGCGGCGGCGGCGAGAGGCGGCCGAGGACUCGGCGGGCAGGGUAGCCGGGCCUGGAGAGGUGUCCGACGGCUGCCGGGAGGCGCUGGCGGCCUGGCUGGCCCCCCAGGCCGCGUCCCUGUCCUGGGACCGCCUGGCUCGGGCCCUGCGGCGCAGCGGCCGCCCAGACGUGGCCAGGGAGCUGGGCAAGAACCUCCACCAGCAGGCGACGCUGCAGCUGCGCAAGUUCGGGCAGCGCUUCCUGCCGCGGCCCGGCGCCGCCGCCCGCGUGCCCCUUGCUCCGGCCCCGCGCCCCCGGCGCGCCGCGGUCCCCGCGCCGGACUGGGACGCCCUGCAGCUGAUCGUGGAGCGCCUGCCGCAGCCCCUGUACGAGCGGAGCCCCAUGGGUUGGGCGGGGCCGCUGGCGCUCGGCCUCCUCACCGGCUUCGUGGGGGCGCUGGGCACCGGGGCGCUGCUCGUCCUGCUCACGCUGUGGAUCACCGGCGGCGGCGGCGGCGACGGCGACCGGGCGUGGCCCGGCAGCCCCGGCCCGCUCGCCACGGUGCAGGGCUGGUGGGAAACAAAGCCACUCCUUCUUAAAGAGCGGCGCGCGCCCCCGGGGGCCUGGGCUGCAGAUGGGCCAGAUUCUCCCUCACCUCACAGUGCCCUUGCCCUCAGCUGUAAAAUGGGAGCACAGUCUUGGGACAGUGGUGCUUUGGAUGGUUUAUAAACGUUAUGAAAUACCGAAAGGGCAGAGAGUUUGUUAAUCCGUUGGAAGGGAGCAGCAAAGCUCGUGGGACUGCCGGUGGAAG